AAUUAGUAAUUCGUCCACUACUACAAAGACCUUUAAUAGCAGCCUUCUCACCAAUCUUUUCGUCACAAUCACGUUAUUAUACUGGUAAAACUGAAGGAAACAUUCGUGCUGGUAAGACCGCUUUUUCAACGAAAGAAAAGGCUAUUGAAGAUCAAUGGAUUAAAACUCAUCUAUACGAAGAACUUAUGAAACAAAAGAAAAAAAUUGAUGAACUUGAAGGACAUAUUGACGAAAUUAAAAAACCUUAUUCUUUAUAUCAUAAUAUUUUUAAUAAUUGA